UGUCAAUUCUAGCUUGUAUGACUGGUAAAUAUGCAGCUCAGCAUUCGCCUAAAAUCACCAGUCCUAAAAAAUCUAAAUCAAAGAGCAAGACAAUAUGGCCUGCUUCUGGGGAAGGAAGGUAUCUCCAAAGAAGACACAAGAAAGACGCAUUUUUAUUCCAAAAGAGCCCCAAAAAAUCCUCUAAAGCAAACAUCUCCAUCCAAAAAUCCUUUAACAUUUCCUAUGCCAGUCGAAUGAAGUCCAAGACUCAGAGAGGAGUGAAGCCUUGAGACACUAUAUUUCUCCCUAAGAAGCCUAUAGAGCCUGUAGAAUUCCCUAAACUAAAAGAACAAGACCAGGGUCAAGACCAAAUCUUAAAAACCCAUUCUUCCCAAAAGCUAUUCCCUACACUGUGAAGUUCCUUCACGAAGAAAUCUUUUACUAGCCACGAGGUGAAGGAGGACAAAGAGUUUAUAAAGAAGUUUGUGAAUAAGCAGAAUAAGAUUAAUAAAAUUAUGAGCAAGACGUAUAAGAAUAUGAGAAAUGAUUUUGAAAUUGAUCAAAAGAAAGCGAUUGUUCAGGCUCAACGGUGAAGUCGGGAAAUUUGAGAUGAAGAAAAUUGGAAAACUCUUGAACCAAAUUAUAUCGUUAAUAUAGAAACGAAGUAAUUUAUGUCUUUCAUAUAUAUAGCUCCACGUGCUCCUGUUAAUACUCCUAAUACUUCUAUUCCUCUUUCCUCGUCCAAAAUUACAAAAAAUCCGAACUAAAUCAUUUCUUCCAAAAAAGCGUAGCCCAAUCCUUAAAAUAAGUCCUCUAAAAGUCAAAAAGCUAUUUCAAAAAGAUUUUAAGACUCCUUUUACAAACGAUUUCAUCCAGAAAUCUCAGUCAAACUCUCUCACUCCAAUUCAAAGUCAAAGAGAGAUCGAUUUACAGCACUCAAAAGCACUUAAAUCUCAUUGGAAUCACCUUCUCCCCAAGAAAUCACCUUCAGUAUUUUCUUCUUCAGAUCUGCAAAGCUCAAAUAAUUUAAUCCCAAUGCUAACUACUCAGCAACCAAAAAUGUACUGUAUAAAGGAGAAAUUGUCUAAGAAAGCAGAGACACAGAGAGAAUGGGCAGCCAAGCUGGGGACUGGCCCCAGCUUAGGGGCUCAUAGCUCUCUAUCAUCUUUGAAGGCCUUUUCUACAAGACAGCCGAUCCGUUUGAAGAACAGCAAGGUAUCAAAAGAAGGAGCACUUCUGAGUCAUAAGGAAUUCAAGUUUGAUUCUGCCAAGGAUCGAAAUCGGCUGAGCCUUGAUAUUUCAAAACUGAUUAAUUACUGUUCACCCUAAGUGCUCUCAAUAACUAAAGUUGUCAAGAUUCAAU